AUGGUAACCGAAAUAGCAUCCGAUUCAGAAAAAAAACCAGAAUACUUUUAUUACAGCCCGUGGUGGCUCAAAUCUAGACUCAAGUUUCAUAUUCCAAUGGGAUAUACCUGGAUCCAAAUCUACUACUUUGACGAGUGGGAUACUUUCAAAGACAAAUGGUGGAAGGCGUGGUACUUGGUGGAUGGGGGUAACUUCGAAGUUCCAGAGUACCUGAGAGGAGAAUACUUUAUACCGUCAAACUGGAAAAAACUGAACGAACAUGCCCAAACGCCUGCUGGCGGCCAACGAUCUGCAAAAAUGAUACGAAUUCCUUGCAAGCUUGCCGUCCACUUCGCGAUAUUAGAACAGCAGAGUCAGUUCAUCCAAGUCGGAAAGCUCGUUUUGGGGACAUAUACUCCAUUGGUUAUGAGUGCAUAUGCCGAGAAGGUUACAGGUUCAGCCAGAAGAAAAGCAAAUGCGUCAAAAUUAAGUCUAGUUGCAAUGACGGCCGGUAAUGUUUCCAUUUUUAAGGACGUUUCAUUUAAAUGCUCAUGUCCGCCCGCCUGGCAGGGCUACGUUUGUGAAGCACCAAGGAACCCUUGCGAAUAUGAAAAUAAUCUCUGUGGUGCGUUCCCGUGCCAACGCGAUCCGAAUAAUAUGGCCUUGGGGUAUAUGUGCCUCUGCUCGAAGGGCUACGAGGCCAAAAGUCAGACAGAUCCUUCCUGUGUAAAUAUCGACGAAUGUGAAAAUGAGGAGACUAAUCCCUGUCUCAAUGGGGGUGUCUGCGUUGAUCUAGAACCUCCACCGCUAGUUCAGCCCAAACGAGGAGAAGAAUUUAGAUUCAGAUGUGAAUGUAAAUUCGGUUUUACUGGAAUUCUCUGCGAGAACGCGCCAGCUCAAUUAGCUUGGUCAGAAUGGUAUGACUGGAGUUCUUGUUCAGUGACAUGUGGCAUGGGAAUACGCUCCCGGACCCGAUCAUGUCCACGACCCGGUGAGUGUCCUGGGAAAUCCGAAGAGUCAGGCAUUUGUCAUGGACGCGUGCUGGCCUGUGAGGAUGUCAAAACUGCCUCCCCCGAAGAUGGAACCUCAAAUUAUACUUUCAAGACCAUGGAGGAGAUGCUAAAGGAGACUGGUAUUCUUUGGUCAGAGGAGGAUGAUGAUAUUUUAAAUGAUGCAUUCACUUGGGCAGAGCAGCAAUUCAAUGUCAAAACUGCUGCAAUUCAAAAGCGAGAGAAGGAAAAGUGGACAAGUGUUGUAGCUGAUGUUUUUGCCUGGAUCCCUCUCUUUGGAGUUGUCACUCGAAUGACAUCGGAUAGGGUGCUUGUCAUUGCCGAUUCUCUUGCAAUAUCAGCUCUCAUACUAUUUCUCAUCUUACUGAUGCUAGCGUACAUUUAUUGCGCCUUUUGGCAUAGAAAACGAGAUGCAGAUGAGGAAGACGAGCUGCAUACUGCUAGGGAGAAAGAUGGGACAAUUGCCACUCAAGAGGAUACAUUUUGCUCGGAAGUGGACCCACUUGGUGAAUGCCCUGCACCCUUCUAUAACCGUUUUAGAAGGCAAGAAUCUACACUGAAGACAGAGUAUUCUACCGAGUCAUUAACACUUUGA